AUGGCGUUCGAGUUCGCCUUCCUGCGCGACGGUCGUCUGUGCAUCAGCGUCCACGGCUGGCCCCGCAUGAAGCACUACAACAAGACCAUGCUCUUCUUCGCGGCGCCUGGCUUCGUUGGGCCUGUAUGGUUGCCAACGGAUCACACGCUGCUGCCGCUGGUCAUUCGCCCGUGCGCGCGCAUCAGGGUGGCCGUGCACUGCGUCGGGUACGACCGCGGAGCUCGCGUCUGCACGCUGGUCUUCACCCCCGAGCACGGCGCGCCCUGGAUCGACACGGUUGGCUGGGACACGACCUGGAAGGGCAUGGAGAGGAUCGUGCAGACGGUGCUCUCCGUGCCGCCGCAUCGGUGCGUGAUCUUCCAGGCGGGCACCUUGCGGCGCGCCCCUAGCGGCAUGGCCAGCGCAGACCGCCUCUUCAAGCCAGGGCCUGGCCUUCAACAAGACAUCGACCUAGAUGGCCCUUUUGAAACCCACUUGUGGAACUGCGCGCACUGCAAUUGCAAGCUCGUCGCACGCACGGGCAUGGCCUCGCGCCCAGGCGCGACUUGCGUCCUCCACGACUUGCACGGCGCGAAGGAGAUCUCCGUCCGACAGUGGAGGUGCCAGGGCAGGAACUGCAUGCUCACCUACGGCCCAAAAUUCGCGUGGAUCGACGGCCAGAAGGUCAACACCGCUUCGCUGAACGAUUACGAGAAGAUCGGCGUCGUGUUUGUAAGCACCAUGCGAGCCUUCACUCUUCGGUACCUGAGGUACCACGAGAAGGCCAUGUUCAGGAUGUGCACCUCGGCAACGGGCACCGACUGGGUGAUGAAGGAGACGCUCGCCGACAAGUCCCAGCGCGCCUACGGCGGGGAGUUCUUGCACGACUACAGGAAGCUGCACUUGGAGGGCAUCUUAUAUCUGCUCGCAGUGCCAGAGAUGGAACCGGUCGGGAAGCAUUUGAACAUCGUGCUCGGCGAGGAAAUUAGCGCCGCCGCGCUCAAGAAGUUUGACGCGUACCUGCACGACUGCGUCUUCCCAGAUCCCAGGCCCAACAAGGUGUCCCUGCUCAUUGAGGACGGGCACGAGAAGGUUGCCAUGAAGUGCCCCGAGCCCGUUGCAGGGAGGUCAUCCGCCGUCACGAAGAGGCCCGCCGCCAUGAAGAGACGCUCGAUGAAGAGGAGCGUGGACAAGAAGCCGCCCGCCAUGAAAGCGACGAUGGAGAAUGUGCGGAAAUUCUAUCUGAAAAAACCUGCCCUCAAGAAGAAGAGCGCGGCGACUCAGAGAGGCAAUGCUACCACGACGUUGGGAUACAAGCGCAAGCCCCCCCGCGGCCAGCAUCGCAACUACGGGUGGUACAUGGUCGUCACGCCGCAGGGGCGGGUCGUCACCGCCAUCGAGCAGGCGGCGCCCGAGGGCAACGGCGUCGCUGCCGCGGCGCUCGGGAGGGCCAUUGUCAACCACCCAAAGCCAAUCAAAUAUUGGACCGUGGACUGGAUGCACGCCAAGCGGCACUCGGACACUUGCCCGUGCAAUCCGUACCACAUCCUCAGGCUGAAGCUCAGGCUGAAGGGCGUGAACACGCAGGCGGCAGAGCAGACCUUCAGCUGGUUCAAGGGGUACUCGCGCAUCCUGAACGAGAUGUCGCCUCUGCGGCAUCAAUUCAUGGUUUUGUACUUCUGCAAGCUCCUCAACCAGUACAUUGCCGAGCGCCGAGCGGACUACCUUCCACCGAUGGCGGCCGUCGUGUCCAGCGGCAUGAGGGUCGGCCACUACGGGUGCUAG